AUGCAAGACGAAGCCACUUCAUUGCUAGGGGAAGAAGAGAAGAGUGAAGCUUGCGGUACGGCUGACACCGUAGAAUUUACAGAGGCAUCGAGGGGCGACAUUGCAACGAGUUGUGCAGCAGUACUUCCAGAGAACGCUGAGCAAUCACAACCUGAUGAUGGCGAACGAGGAAAUCGACCUAACGAGCAACCUGACCCAGAAUCUGCAAAUCACGUAUCAGAUCAUUCACGUUCAAUCAGCUCUGUACGAGUGGAGGGCGAUUUAAUUAUGGGCGUCCGGCGAAAGACGGUCGAGGAAUUGAUGAAAGCGUGGAGCAAGGUUCUGAUACAGAGCCUGCAAUCGCAAGGUCGAGCGGGAAGGAGCGAUGGAUUUGACGUCGAACUCGGUCUUCGGAACCCGCGUGAAGCACCAUUUGAUUCAUCUGAGUCAAACGUGGACAUAUUGUACCACGGUAUCUUUCCUAAUGCUGGAUGUUCUAGUAAUAAGGAGGAGAACGAUCGAGCUCUGGCAAAAUUUCGUCGGAUCCCACAAGAGAAUGGUAGAUAUGUGAAGCGCCCGGUUUUUGGAGCAUUCAAUAACUACGGUUACCCAAACGGCCAAACUCCCUGGCUUGGUGAACCAGUCCAGGUGAUGAGUCUUGAAGAAGUAGAAAAAGAGGAUGCAGAAUGGGAACUUAAACAGUACGGACCUACAGAAACUUGGCAUCUCACCGGAAGAAGGCAAAAAUCUAAUGGGAGGCCAAAUUGUUUGUCGGGAUCAGCGACUGAAGUGUUACUUUCUCUCUUGUACCCGAAUGCUGAGGAGACCUCCAGAUAUGGCCACUGCCAUGUCAAUCUCAUUCAUUCGUCUGUCCAAGUGCCAAUUGUCGACGUGUCAUUGAAUGAUAUUUUCAAAAAUUACUUGGAACGUUUAGGUACAAGGAAAAGAGCCCUCAUUCUGGUAGAGCACCUAAAGGAGCAGGAGCAACAUCCUCUUGCAACCUUGCUUAAAAGAUGUUAUGCAAGAGGAAUACUUGACCAAACUCUCGAACUACCUCGACGCAUGUUCGGGUGGCGUAUUCAUGAUAAUCCCGUCUUUUCAAAUGACUCGUCUAUACGUUUGACGCAGCCUCAGACACACGCAUUGAACGCCUGGGUUAUAGUUGAAAUCUUGCGCGCUCUUGACAUUUGGGAUAUUUACCCCACUAAGGAUGACUGCUUUGGCGGCAUACGCUCUAAUGAGAUCCGCGAGAUAUACUGUGGCCAUCCAAGAACGCAUGCCAGAGCUCAAGAUAUAAUACGGUGCCUCUACACCACAUUAGAAGAAUCCGCAGGUGGCUUUAGAAAUGCUCGAGACUUUGCUGCCGGCCAGCAACUAUCACAUGACGAGCUCAAAGAAUCUUCUUUUACAAUAGGCAACCUGGGAAUAACUUCGCUACAUUCUUUGGGCAAAAUAAAGAUCAGAUGUAAGUUUUGAGAAUGUUCUUGCUGAUUAUUUCACUUAUCCUGUGCUUUCUUAUCGUAUAAUGUCAAUACUCUCGUCAAUCUUUUCGCAGCUUACAUACUUAAGGGGUCAACAGUUCGAACAAACAUUUAUACCUUUGGGAAUAUUUAGGUGAAUAUACGUUAGAUACCUUCUGGUUCAAUAGGUCAUACGCAACUUAUGGUAACAUCAAUCAUAGUAGGUUCCUUAGGCAAGAGCUGAUCAUUUGUGUUCAGUUUCAUGGGACCAUGGUGGAAAGUGGUUGGAAAAAGAUGAUAUAUGGAACGAAGUGAUGCAAACUUGGCGUAUAUUAUUUGCUUUUGACAACGGAGAUAUCAUCGAAAGUGAGGCAUUUCUCUCCGCUUACAAUGCAAUAAAACCACCAUGGUUUCCCUAUCGUAAAUCUUCAAAUGGGGUACCUCGAGCAGAUAGAGCUACACUGCGAUUAGUCACUGAUUGGAAAGCAGUUAGAGGUAAGUCGAUACAAGAAAACACAUGAUUCUAAGCUUGGGCCGUUCUAACUAUAAUCUGACGGACGCUAGAAAAUGAAAAGUUCAAGUCUAUGUGUGGCGAUGUUCUGGGCCACUUGAGUGCUCACCUACGGACAAAAUAGUUGCCGGCACAGGUCCCAUACGAAAGAUUCCCGAUUUAUGGUAACAGGUUGAGAGAACUUCACGCAUAGUAAGUUGCAAACUCGAUCUUUGUGGCUAUCUCUGCUAAAAUGAACCACCAGCAUGAACAGGCAGCAACCAAAGGGGUUUCGAGAUUUAUGGCGGGAUAAACGGAAUGUGGCCAGUCAGUUUCUCAUGCACCUGAUCCACUUCAGCGGAACUGAUGAUCUUAGAUUUCUGGACUUUCUGGCUUGUGGUCAUCUUCGGUGCCAUUAGUGUCUUUCUUGCAGUUGCCUCGUUAGCUGUUUCUUCUGCUCAGGCUUGGGCUGCUUUUCAUCCUCCUGGGGGUUGA